UUCUGGGCUGGCUCUGAUAUCACUCUUAGCCAAUGGCAGCCGUUCUGACACACCUUCUGGUCAGCACAAAGAAAACCAAAAGUUCCCCCGGUUUGCACAGUCUGUUUUUCAAUAACUGAAGCAAAGUAUUGCUUUGAACCAGAAGAGGAACUCAACAGACCGCAAUGUCUGACAUUACCCAGCUGCUGUUCAGCACCAGUGGGUUGCUGGUAGGCACGUUCUCCCUGCUGAUACUCUUUUUAUUACUGAUCCGAAGAAGGAGGAGGACUGGGGAGCCCCCAUUGGAUAACGGAAGGUUUCCAUUUAUUGGACAUGCUUUAGAGUUUGGUAAAGACCCUUUGAAAUUCCUGUGGUCACAACAAAAGAAACAUGGAGACAUCUUUACGGUCUAUUUGGCCGGAAAAUAUAUGACUUUUGUCAUGGAUUCCACCCAGUUUCAGCAUGUUAUCAGACAUGCCAAGCAUCUUGACUUCAGUGCUUUUGCGGAUGAAAUGGCUUCCAGAACUUUUGACUACCCACGCGUGACAGAAGCAAAGUUCCCUCAGCUCAAAGAUAACAUGCACAGAAUAUAUAAAAUCAUGCAGGGUAGGCCAUUGGACAAACUAACUGACAGCAUGAUGGGAAAUAUCCAACAUGUAUUCAAAUGGAAAUUCUCACAAGCAACAGAUUGGAAAACAGAAAAAAUGUACCAGUUCUGCUGCUGUAUUAUGUUUGAAGCCAGUUUUAUGACACUCUAUGGAAAAGAUCCUGCUGCAGAUGGUCGCAAAGUUAUUAGCGAAAUCAGAGAAAAUUUUACAAAGUUUGAUGCCAAGUUCCCCUAUCUUGUCAUAAACAUACCAAUUGCGUUGCUAGGAGCUACCAAGAAGAUUCGCGAAGAGCUCAUACGUUUUUUUUACCCUAAUAAAAUGGCAAAGAGAUUGGAAGUCUCGGAUCUGAUCCAAUCUAGAACCAAUAUACUUGAACAGUAUGAUGUCCUCCAAGACUAUGACAAAGCAGCACAUCAUUUUGCCUUCCUUUGGGCCUCUGUGGGGAACACGAUUCCAGCAACAUUCUGGGCCCUGUAUUAUCUGGUGAGACACCCAGAAGCCCUUGCAGCGGUGCGUAACGAAAUUGACCAUUUGCUACAGUCAACAGGUCAAAAGAGGGGUCCAGACUAUAAAAUCCACCUCACCAGAGCACAGUUGGACAGCCUGGUCUUACUAGGUAGCGCUAUAAAUGAGUCUCUGCGAUUGUGCUCCGCUUCCAUGAACAUUCGUGUAGUCCAGGAGGAUUUUCUUCUGGAGCUGGAGGAUCAGGCAUAUAGUCUGAGGAAAGGAGAUUUUAUAGCCAUGUACCCGCCGACUUUGCACAGAGACCCUGAGGUGUAUGAGGAUCCCGAGGAUUUCAGGUAUGAUCGUUAUAUUGAAGAUGGAAAAGAGAAAACUACCUUCUUCAAAAAAGGGAAAAAGCUCAAGCAUUACCUUAUGCCCUUUGGCUCUGGAACCAACAUAUGUCCUGGUCGAUUUUUUGCUGUUAAUGAGAUAAAACAGUUUCUUGCUGUGUUAGUAAUGUAUGUAGAUAUGGAAGUGGUUGAGAACAAAACUGUUGGCCAAGAUAAUAGCCGUACAGGCCUUGGUAUCCUUUUGCCUGAUUCUGACAUCUUGUUCCGUUAUAGGCCACGAGCAUUUGAACAGUAGAGCUGAAUGAUUUCACUGUCAUGAUUUUUGAAUGAUUGUUAUCAUACAUCAUAUCUAGCUAGCUGGUUUAAUAGCAAUCAGACUAUACUAAUAUUAAUCAGUAGGCUGGCUUUAAUUUAUAAUUGACCUGACGACUUUUACAAGAAGCCAUAUUUUCGUGAUUUAGUGUUAAGCCUGGGAGUUCCACCACAGUGAGCAAUAACUUGCUUACCCCUUUGGCAUUCAAAGGGUUAAUGCCGAGAUCUGUGCAUUGCUACUUGAUUAAUAAUAAAUGACAAGGUUAUAUGAUUGAUUAGAUUAAUCUAAAACAGACAUACAUGUUGUCAGGUUUGCAAUUAACUAUAGCAUUAAA